GUUUUCCCGAACGCCCGCAGCAGGGUCAGAAAGGAGGUGGCAACCCUCAGUCGUGGUCUUGGACCGUUUCUGAACGUUGGUGUCUGGCAGCGCCACCCCCUCUUGCUUUGGUGCCGCGAUGCCUAUGUACCAGGUAAAGCCCUAUCACGGGGGCGGCGCGCCUCUCCGUGUGGAGCUUCCCACCUGCAUGUACCGGCUCCCCAACUUGCACAGCAGGAGCGGCGGCUCUGCGCCGGGCACAGGCCACGUGCAGGAAGAGCCUAACCCGUCUCUUCAAGCUCUUGAGUCCCGCCAAGAUGAUAUUUUAAAACGUUUGUAUGAGUUGAAAGCUGCAGUUGAUGGUCUCUCCAAGAUGAUUCAGACACCAGAUGCAGACUUGGAUGUAACCAACAUAAUCCAAGCUGAUGAGCCCACAACUUUAACCACCAAUGCAUUGGACUUGAAUUCACUGCUUGGGAAGGAUUAUGGGGCACUGAAAGACAUCGUGAUCAACGCAAACCCGGCCUCCCCGCCCCUCUCCCUGCUGGUGCUGCACAGGCUGCUCUGUGAGCACUUCAGGGUCCUGGCCAUAGUGCACACGCACUCAUCAGUCAAGAGUGUGCCUGAAAACCUGCUCAAGUGCUUUGGAGAACAGAAUCUAAAACAGCCCCGCCAAGACUAUCAGCUGGGAUUCACUUUAAUUUGGAAGAAUGUGCCAAAGACUCAGAUGAAAUUCAGCGUCCAGACGAUGUGCCCCAUCGAAGGAGAAGGGAACAUUGCGCGUUUCUUGUUCUCUCUGUUUGGCCAGAAGCAUAAUGCUGUCAACGCAACUCUCAUAGAUAGCUGGGUAGAUAUUGCCAUUUUUCAGUUAAAAGAGGGAAGCAGUAAAGAAAAAGCUGCUGUUUUCCGCUCCAUGAACUCUGCUCUUGGAAAGAGCCCUUGGCUUGCUGGGAAUGAACUCACUGUAGCAGAUGUAGUGCUGUGGUCUGUACUCCAGCAGACCGGAGGCUGCAGUGUGACAGUGCCAGCCAACGUGCAGAGGUGGAUGAGGUCUUGUGAAAACUUGGCUCCUUUUAACACAGCCCUCAAGCUCCUUAAGUGAAUUUCCAUAAUUGAUUUUAAAGGGUUUAGAUCUUAAGAAUGGUGCUGUUUCAUGCCUAUUACCAGUUAAGGGACUUGUAUUAAGUUUCAAGUUCUUUUUAUUUAGGCCAGUUGUGUCAAUAAAAGCAUCAUGUAAUUU